UUCCCAACUUCCCAUUACUCUUUCAAACGCACUCUCUUUACAUUUCUUCAAAUUCCGUCAUGUUCAACGAUCAGCCACCACCAUCAACUUCCACCGCCGCCCAUGCCGGAGAAGAUAACGAAGACGUUCAAAUCCGUGAUAUCCACGCUCUGACCUCUCCACAGCCACCGCCGGUGAACGCCAAUCGGAACCGCCGCGGGGAGGCUAAUUGGGAAACCACGAGUCAAAGAUCGACUUCAAUUGUCAGCGAAGCUAGUAGCUCAAGCGAGAAUUUCACCUCCAUGAGUCGAGAGUUCAAUGCUCUGGUUAUUGCUGGUGCGGAGAUCGGCGACGGUUAUCGUCAUGAUCGAUCGAUUAACGAAGCUCCGAAUAACUUGAGCCGAAUUGGAGAGGAAGAGGAUACUACGCCAGAGGUGGAAACGAACCCGUUAGCGAUUGUACCGGAUGGUCAUCCGUUCGAUGAUCUAACAACAUCGUCGGCGAUCUCGAGAACGGAGAAUCGCGACGGCGGUGCGGCGGCGACUAGAGAGAUUUCGUUACAUAUGGUGAAGAAAGAGGAAGUGGAAACGAAGAUUAGCGCAUGGCAAAACGCGAAGAUUGCGAAGAUUAACAAUCGGUACAAGAGAGAAGAUGCUGUGAUUAGUGGAUGGGAAAGGGAGCAGGUUCAGAAGGCAUCUUCAUGGAUGAAGAAGAUUGAGAGGAAGUUGGAAGAGAAGAGAGCAAAAGCAUUAGAAAAGAUGGAGAAUGAAGUAGCAAAAGCACAUAGAAAAGCAGAGGAAAGAAGAGCAUCAGCAGAGGCAAAGAGAGGAACAAAAGUGGCCAAAGUCAUUGAAAUUUCAAACUUGAUGAGAGCUGUUGGAAGGCCACCCGCUAAGCGCUCGUUCUUCUAAAAACAUAUUCGAAAGCUAUUCUAAAACCGUUAAAGUCACUUUUGUCAUACUCAUCAUCAUGAAAUCCCAAUGAAUUUGUAAUUAAUUAAGGAGAUGGACAAAACCCAUCUAAAAAAGAGUUAGAUUUUUUUCUUCUUGAAACAAAGGAAUGAUAUAUUAUUAAUGCAUUAUCUCUCCCAAAUAUCAAAUAUCUUAGAUUAAAGUUGGAUUUAGUGUGAGGAAGUUGUAAGUAAGAAAUGGACAUUGAGUACUUUGAGUGAAUGUUAUUUUAAGAUUUUCUUUCUUGGGUUGGUUUUGGUUGUAAGUUGUAAGUGUGUUUUUAUGAGAACUUAUAAGGAAUAAUUCAUGUCCUUAGUGAUCUUUUUGUAUAGUAAAAGAUAUAUGGUUGGAUAUUACAA